CAGAAGUUACGAUAAAACAUGGCAGAAUUGGGCGAAAGUCCAACAUAGUACGCUACAAUGUGAUUACUGUAGUGCCCAUAAUGGGUGCAAACAUUUCGCAGCUAGAACGAGAUAUUGGAUCAGAUCAGUUCCCACCGAAUGAACACUACUUCGGAUUGGUUAAUUUUGGCAAUACUUGCUACAGCAAUUCUGUUUUACAAGCAUUGUAUUUCUGCAAGCCAUUUAGGGACAAAGUUUUAGAAUACAAAGCAAAGAACAAAAGGACCAAGGAAACCCUUCUGACAUGUCUAGCUGAUUUAUUCUACAGUAUCGCCACUCAGAAGAAAAAAGUGGGUUCUAUUGCACCAAAGAAAUUUAUUGCUAGGUUGAGAAAAGAAAAAGGUGAGCUUUGGAAUUGCACAAAAAUUACUACAGUAAUAUCAGUAUGUUUAUUUCUGAAUGAUUUCUGUUUCAAUAUUUUCUUUACAGAAGAGUUUGACAACUACAUGCAACAAGAUGCUCAUGAAUUUCUCAAUUUCCUCAUAAAUCACAUAAAUGAAAUUAUUUUAGAGCGUCACCAGAGUAGUAACAAGCCAAAGACAGGAGGAAAUGGAGAGACACCUUCAUCUCAGCAGGAACCAACUUGGGUUCAUGAAAUUUUCCAGGGUAUUCUUACAAGUGAAACAAGAUGUUUAAACUGUGAAACAGUCAGCAGUAAAGAUGAAGACUUUUUUGACCUUCAGGUUGAUGUGGAUCAGAACACCAGUAUAACUCAUUGUCUUAAGUGUUUUAGUAACACUGAAACGUUAUGUAGUGAUAACAAAUUCAAAUGUGAUAAUUGCAGUAGCUAUCAAGAAGCUCAGAAACGAAUGCGUGUUAAGAAGUUACCAAUGAUAUUGGCUCUUCAUCUCAAGAGAUUCAAAUAUAUGGAGCAAUAUAACAGGCACAUAAAGGUUUCUCACAGAGUUGUGUUCCCUCUUGAACUACGGUUAUUUAAUACGUCAGAUGAUGCUGUGAAUCCUGAUCGUCUGUAUGAUCUGGUUGCUGUUGUUAUUCACUGUGGAAGUGGUCCAAACAGAGGCCAUUACAUUAGCAUUGUUAAAAGCCAUGGAUUCUGGUUACUGUUUGAUGAUGACAUGGUUGAUAAAAUUGAUGCAUCCACAAUUGAAGACUUUUAUGGUCUAACAUCAGACAUUCAGAAGUCUUCCGAAACUGGUUACAUUUUGUUUUACCAGUCAAGAGACUGUAUGUAGUGUUUGCUGUGAUUGUACAUAUCUCAAUGAAACAGCCAUUAGCAUUUAAAACAAUAAUUUAUUUUAUUUUAUUGGCCUGUAUAUGGUGAUGUAAUUAGUAUUUUCAUCAGAAUUAACUAUGCAGAAUAAUGAAAUUGUAUUAAACACUUAUGUACAAACUGUGGUCAGAAGUAAUAUCUGGCACUUUUGCAAUUUUGUGGUACUUUUUAAAACUGCAACUGUUUGAAGAAAUUAAAACUAUACUGCACAUUUGUUGUAUUUGUGGUUGCAGAUAAGAAACACUUUCAUCAAUGCAUUCACCAGCAUGUAAAACAAAUUUAUGCAUAGGAUGCAUUGUGAUGUAUAUAUGUUCUGUUUUUAAUAAAUUUUAUGCUGGCAAUUGUCUGACUGUUGCAAA